UCUUCUACAGUAAAGUAAGCCACAAAGAAAUUAACAAAUAAUAUAUAGUCAGAAAUGCUGCCGUCCCUCUCCUCUAUUGAUUAGCUGCUUGUUUUACAAGAUCUAUUUUCCCCGGAGACACCAACAAUGACCGAUUUUAUGGCUCUAAGUUCCUCCUUUUCUGGCGAUUCUGGUUCUCAUGAAUACCUCUAUGACGUUUUCUUGAGUUUCAGAGGUGGAGAUACGCGCAAGAAUUUUGUCGACCACGUCUAUGCUGCUUUGGAGAAAGAAGGCUUUUUAAUCUUCCGAGAUGGGGAUGAAUUGGAGAGAGGAGAAGAUAUCAAGUCGGAGUUGAUGAGAGCCAUCCGUAAGUCCCGAUGCUCGAUCGUUGUGUUUUCAGAAGGCUACGCAUCUUCCAGAUGGUGCCUUGACGAGCUUGUAAUGAUCCUUGAAUGCAAGAGGAAGUUCGACCAAUUUGUCUUCCCAGUCUUCUACGGAGUGGACCCUUCUCAUGUGAGGGACCAGAAAGGAAGUGUUGCGGAAGCAUUUGAUAGGCACGUAAAAAGCCAACCGUUGGACAAGGUGAAGCGAUGGAAGUCAGCACUUACAGAGGCUGCAAAUAUUUCAGGGAUGGUCAUGCUAAAUCAAGCUGAUUGGAACGCAAGCAAGUUUAUCGAAGAUCUUGUUGCAACGACUAAAGAAAGAGUACAACGAAGUCGCCCCUUUAGGAUGAGCCCAUACCUUGUUGGAAUAGAUUCACGUGUCAAAGACAUUAAUUCAUGGCUACAAGAUGAAUACUCUGACAUUGGCCUGCUUGUAGUUCAUGGGACAAGUGGAAUAGGGAAGACAACUAUUGCAAAGUGUGCUUAUAAUUUAAACAUGGCACGAUUUUAUCGAAGCAGUUUCCUUGAAAAUAUAAGUGAAACUUCACAGCUACCCAGUGGCUUACUGCAUGUACAAGAAAGAGUUCUCUAUGAUAUUUGUGGCAGAAAAGUGAAACUCAAGAAUGUUAGUGAAGGAAAGUUUGAGAUUGGACGUGCCGUAUACUCUCAAAGAUUUUUUCUUGUUCUCGAUGGUUUGGAGAGUAUGGAUGAAUUUGAUGCUGUAACAUGUGGGUUGAAAGAAGCAAGGUUUGGAAGUAAAAUCAUCAUAACAACUACAAAUGCAAGGGUGCUAAGCGCUGCUCUGGAAUUUGGUUAUAAGGUGUGUACUGUUGGAAUUUUGAACGACAAUGAAUCGUUGGAGCUCUUCUGUUGGCAUGCUUUUAAACAAUUCCAGCCAAUUGAAGGUUACAUGGAACGUUCAAAAAGUAUAGUACAAUACUGCGGAGGGCUUCCAUUAGCUCUUGCUAUUCUCGGUUCUUCACUAUCGGGCCGAAGUAUAGAUGCAUGGGAAAGCACAUUGAAGGAACUGAAAACUAUUCCAGAUUCCUCGAUCAUGAGAACACUCAAAAUAAGCUACGAUUCUUUGUAUGAUCAUGAACGAGCGCUGUUCCUCCAUAUUGCGUGUUUCUUUGUUGGAAUUGACAGAGAUUACAUUGUUAGCAUACUCCACGGGUGUGACUUCGACAUAAUUGCUGCCAUGGAAAGUCUCAUUGAAAAAUGCUUGCUAACAAUUGAUAGAGAUAAUAAGGUGUAUAUGCAUCGCUUGAUUCUUGACGUGGGAAGAGAAAUUGCACGCCAAGAGGCAAGGAAGCCUGGGAAACGUAGUAGAAUGUGCCGUGAAAAAGAUUCUUUUCAAGUAUUGACAGAAAAAAAUAUCAAUUUUCCACCGGAGACAUCAGCAACGGACGAUUUGAUGACUCUAACUUCCUCCUCUUCCAGCAAUUCUCGUUCUCAAUACCUCUAUGACGUUUUCUUGAGUUUCAGAGGUGAAGACACUCGCGAAAAUUUUGUCGACCACCUCUAUGCUGCUUUGAAGAAAGAAGGCCUAUUAGCCUUUCGAGACGACAAUGAACUUGAGAGAGGAGAAGAUGUGGAGCCGAGGUUGCUGAGAACCAUCCGUAAGUCCCGAUGCUCGAUCGUUGUGUUUUCAGAAGGCUAUGCAUCUUCCAGAUGGUGCCUUGACGAGCUUGUAAUGAUCCUUGAAUGCAAGAGGACCUUCGACCAAUUUGUCUUACCAGUCUUCUACGGAGUGGACCCUUCUGAUGUGAGGAAGCAGACAGAAAGUAUUGCGAAAGCAUUUGCCAGGCACGAAAAAGGUCAACCGUUGGACAAGGUGAAGGUAUGGAGGGCAGCCCUUACAGAGGCUGCAAAUAUAGGAGGGACGAUGUUGCAAAUUGAAGCUGAUUGGCACGAACGCAAGUUUAUCAAAAAUCUUGUUGCAGCGACAACAGAAAUACUACAAAGUCUCCUUAUCCGACUUUGUCCUGUAGAGCUCAAUGGAUUUUUUGAAGAACUUCCUAAAGGAUUAAAAUGGUCGCGUUGGUUUGAAUUUCCUUUGAAUUCUAUACCUGAUGGUCUUACUUUGGACCGUCUGGUUGUUCUUGAAGCGAGGUAUAGCAGCUGGAGACAAGUCUGGAAGGGGAGAAAGUAUCUUCCAUCAUUGAAGAUCCUAGAUGUCUGCCAUUCCCAUAACCUUACUGAAGUCCCCGACUUGUCACUAGUCCCCAACCUAGAGAAACUGAUUCUUAACAAUUGUAAAAACUUGGUUGGUAUCCAUGGAUCUAUUGGAAAGUUAGAGAGACUUGUUUACUUGAACAUAAAAGGUUGCAAGCGUAUUCGGAAGUUUCCCAAGCACAUGCCAGAAAACCUUGAAACAAUUAUAACACAUGGUUGCUCAAAUCUUGAGGAGUUUAGAAUUAUGCAGUCGAAGAUGAUGAUGCAUCUGAAAGCUCUUGACGCAGAUGAAGCUCAUAUUAGUGGAUUAGUUUAUGGGGCACACAAAUCAGGGCGCACGUUUUGGGACUGGUUCAAUAAAAAUACAAAGCUCAUAGUUCAUGUAAACAUUCCUCAUUUGUUACGCGGGUGUGAGAAGUUUAUGAAGCUAAUUAUACAGCAAUAUCAUGCUGCUACUAACAAUCAGAAAUUGAAAUGGCUGAACCACAAAUAUUCAGGGGUGCAAAAUCUAAAGCUGAUUCCUUCAGUAACAGUAAGUCUGCAUAAAUUAUCCAAGGUUGCGGACUCUUAUUCUGCUGGCACCACAUACAGAGACCUUAUUUCAUGCCAGGGUUCUAAGAUAGUGGAGGACGUGAAUUUGGAAGAAAAGGCUGGGUGUGAAAUAGAGGUUGCAGAUGUAGAAGAUGAGGGUUUAACUGAAUCUCUAAAAUCCUCAUUAUUUCUUUAUUGUUCCCUUUUUCCAUUAGAUUAUGAAUUUAGGAAAUAUGAGUUGGUUCAGUUAUGGAUAGCUGAAGGCUUUAUUGGAGAGAUGCACAGAGAGAGAAUGGAGGAUACUGGUAUUUUGUAUUUCGAUUUCAUGGAGAGUGAAGGCUUUUUUGUGCCCUCAAGAAGUGAUUUCAGUGUAGAUUUUGAUUCAGUGUUCUCACUGCCCAUUUAUAAUCCCAGCAACUUCUUGUACAAGAUUAAUACUAUCAAGCUUUCAGUUUUGGAAAAACAAAUUUACCAGGAUGGUUAUUUCAGAGCUGUGGAUGGUAAGUUAGAUGGAGCUUCAGAAAUGACACAACAUUUGUCUCUGAUUUUUAAAAAUAUGGAUGAGGUGGGUGGGGUUCUCCAAAAGUUUAAGCGUCUUCGCACGUUGCUUUUGUUCAAUGGUAGCAGGUCUUCCAUUAAACAAGUUCCUCGUAAUCUUUUGUCGGGCUUAAAGUUGUUGAGGACAUUGAAUUUGAGUGGAACUCUCAUCUCUGAACUACCGAGUUCCAUUCGAAAUGUCAAAGCAUUGCGCUAUCUUGAUGUUUCUCACACUCCCAUUAGGCAGUUGCCCGAAGCAAUCGAUUCUCUUCACAAUUUACAGACCAUAAAACUGAGAGGUUGUGUUAACUUUGUUCAGUUACCGAAGGGCAUCAAGAAGCUAACCAACCUACGCCAUGUCGAACUUGAUAUCAUUCGGCAAUUGGAUUCCUUGCCUGCAUACUUGGGAAACUUGACUAACCUGCAGACUCUGUCAGCAUUUCUCGUCGGUAGAGAUCAGGGGUGCAAUAUUGGAGAGCUGAAGAAUUUGAAUCAUCUCAAAGGAGCACUUCGCAUUUCAAGGCUCGAAAACGUGUUGACUAAGGAAGAGGCUGAGAAAGCUUCAUUGAGUACAAAGAAAUCCCUCCAGAGAGUGGUUCUCCGGUGGAGUAGUCUGUUGGUUGAGAAUGUACGGGAAAAGGAAAUCCUUGAAUGUCUGCAACCUCAUUAUGGUCUUCAAGAGCUAGGAAUUCAAAACUAUAGUGGCUCAACUCUUCCAGCUUGGAUUAGCAAUCGGGCUUUUGCAGACCUUCUUGUUGUUACUCUCUACAGAUGCAAAAAUUGUAAACGUCUUCCAUCUUUGGGGCAGUUACCAGCGCUUAAGUUUCUCUCCAUUAUUGAAAUGAAUGAGGUGGAAGAAAUUCAUCAUCAUUUAUUCAGAAAUGACGGAGUUGCUCAAGAGGACCCUGCAUUUCUGAAACUUGAGAGGCUAGAGAUUGAUAUCAUGCUUAAUUUGAAAGAGUGGAUGGCGAUAAAACAAGGUGAUUUACCGUCUCUACUUAAACUCACGGUGGACUCUUGCCCGGAGCUUGUCACUCUUCCUUCACUUUCAGAACUCAAAUCCCUCAAGCAUUUGGAGUUCAGACACUGCCCAAAGCUUCUGCCCUUGUCUCAAGAUGGACUACCUACCUCACUUGAGUCUUUAGUAAUUAUAUGUUGUCCUCAACUGAAAGAAUGGUGCACGAAGAGGGGAGGUCAAGAUCAGGACAACCUAUCGCAUGUGCCUAGAGUAUGGUUGGAUCAUGAAGAGCUAAAAAUGCAAGGAGAACAAUCUUUCAGUGACGCUUGAAGGGCUGGUUUCUGGUUGCUGGUUGAUGGUAGAUGGUUGUUGGUUGUUGGUUGCUGGUUGCUGGUUGCUGGUUGCUUGUAAAAUGAUUCUUGAAGUGUUGGUGGUGAUAUGUUGGAGUUAGCGGCUUCUUUUCACCAGUUGGGUGGCUGUUUAUGGGGUUUGUUUUGUGUAUUACGCUGUUUCAAUUUGCUCAGUGCAGCUUGUUUUUUAUUUUGAUUUUUGUGGUUUGAGUUGUUGCUGCUUCUCUUGCCGCAUUGUUGUUCAUAACUUCAUACAAUCGCAAGCAUGUGACUAGUAUUUAGGCUUAUUUUUAGCUAUGCCACUUGUAUUCUUCAACAAAUCUCACUUUACCCCUAAACUCUAUAUUGUUUUACUUUACCACUUGCACCUUUCCUUUGUAUCCCAAUUUACAUCCUACCGUCUAUAUUGUCUCACUUUAAAGGCUUUUUUAAAUUUAUUUGACAAAAUAGGUUAAGUGGGACAUUGAGGAAGAGUGUAAGUGUUAAAGUGAGACAAUAUAAAGUGUAGAGUGUAAAGUGAGACACGGAGGAAGAGUGCAUGUCGUAAAGUGAGUCAACAUAAAAUGUAAGGGCUAAAGUGAGAUUUGGUGAAAAGUAUAGGUGUCAUAACAAAAAAUAAGCCAAGUAUUUGUUAAGUUUACAUUCUCUUGCAGCAUUCUUGUUUUGUGUAAUAAGUAUUUGUAAAUCGAAUGUGGGAUUCAUUUGCUACGAAUUCUUAGCAUCUUUCAAAUGCAGACUCCCGACAAGUAGUACUAGAAUUUUUUACGGCCAAUUUGAACUA